AUGAGCAUAGACGACCCGUCAAGGGAGUGCGAGACUUGUGGUGAGGUUCACGAGAAUCCCUUUCACUGGAAGCGACUCCCUCGCGUCACUACACUCGAUGACUUGCCGGAGGAUCCUAAGGAGAGAGCGACGGCUCUCUUUCACCUCGUGGAACCCGUCGACUCACGCGAAUGGGCCGCCUAUCUGAAAGCCCGAGACGAGGCCGACUGGGCAUGCGCGAGCAACAUGUGUCCUGACAAUGACGAAGAGGACCGCUACGCGCAGCAAAUUCCCGAAUGCGUCUGGGACUCCAUCUCAAAGGCUAUUCCGGGCGACGAAGAUCUCGCGGGCAAGAUUGCCGACUGUGCGGUCGUCACGAGUUGUGAUACGCGAGACUCGGGAGAUUCCACGCUCGAAGAUGCCGAGGCGUACACGCGUUUCUUCUCGCUAUGCUCUCCGGCGUGGGUCGACUUCCACAUUCAGUACAGCGAGCGCACGGGCUGGAACACGGUCCAGUGCGCGUACGCGUUGGGCUACCGUAUCACCAACAAAUCGCUCUCUAAGAAGACCUCGAGCUCAGUCCGCAACUCUGACGUGCAGGAUAUGCACGCUCGAAACGGCUGGCAUCAGAUCGGCUGGUACGAGUUGGAUCACAAGCGCAGGGACGUCAGCCAGUGCAACAUCUCUCGCAGCGACAUUCUCGCAGUGCACAAGGUCUUGUUUGGCACGAACACUGAGCUGUCGAGUCGCGUUCCGUUGAAGGCAACCGCUGAGCUCAUGAUCAAUGCGUGCGGCGUGCCGUUCUACAUCGCUGAGAAGGAGGGAGACAAGGAUGGGAUACCUGAGUACGAGAGCCUCAUCGCUAUCGGCAAUCCCGGGAAUGGGUCGAAACCCGGAAUCAGCGCCGCCCAUAUGCGUAAGAUCCUCAACAUACCCGCGCUUGAGGGAGACGAUACCGCAGACUUGUCCACUGUCCAGAUGGGCGAGCCGCCAUUCGGAGACGAGGACGAGGAUGACGAUGAGGACAGGUACGAUUCGGAUGGGAAUGCGCUGUAUAGCUCGGAUGAAGACAUGGACGGAGGAGGGUACAGUUGGUGA